UUUUUUUUUUUAUAACUAUGGAAACCCUUCUGUCUCGUCCACUUGAUUUAGUAUAUUUUAUUUACUUUAGUUCUCAUAUCUUGGCUACUUGCUGUAUUGAUUCACAAGCAUUUCUUCCUUCUGAAUGGUAUCCUCAAGUCCUUAAAGACCUGUUGUCUUUCUAUGUUCAUACUUACAAGGAUCCUUUUAUGGGAAAUCCUGAUUAUUGGUUCAAGAGUUUUGUUGUUUGUGAACUUGUGUUUCAACUCCCCUUUUUUGUCUAUGCUUGUAUUGGACUUUUGAAAAAUACUCAACACCUUCGUUUCCCACUUGCAAUUUAUGGUGCUCAUGUAGCAACAACUGUUUUGCCUUUAUUAGCUGAAGUCCUGUUGAAUCCUGAACAUAAGUUAAAUUGGACCGAGAAGGUUAUCUUGUGUGGUUUCUAUGGUCCUUAUUUUGCAUUGCCCUGUAUCAUGUUGAUUGAUUCAUUUAUCCGUGUCAAUACGACAUUAAAAGCAGCCUAUCAUCAUCAUCAUCAUCAAAAGACACUAUGAAAACAAAGUCAUACGUGAUGCAAUAUAUAAACUUCUUUUUUUUUUAUUUAUUUAUUUUUUUUUUUCAUGGCUGAAAAUACAACAUUGCCUAUUGAGCC